GCUGAAGAAAAAUUUUCUUUUAAAGACAAAUACAAAUAUCAACUGAAGGAAAAUCAAGUCUUUCGGCCGCAUGUAUGCAAAUUUCAAAGAUUUCUUGCAACAAUUGUUGAUUUGCUUCCAAAUGCACGCCGAAAUGAUGAACUUGUACAAAUCAUCAGAAUCGUAGGGCGUCAACAUUGUGAAAUUAAAACAAUGAGCUUUACUGCGGAAAAAUGGUUGGCUUUCAAAAAUGUUCUAUCAGUAUUAACCGAAAACACCGGCGAGGUUGAGUUUAAUUUUAUUUCACAUUAUUUUCUCACUAUUUCACUUUAUUUUAGAUUUAUGAAUUUCGUGCGACUGACAAAUGCUCACCAAACUCGCAUUUUAAGUGAAAAAUUAUGA